CAGAGCAGAGCGCAGCCAAGCGCAAGGCACAGCCGAACCGAGCCCGGCGCGUAGCGGCUUGCCGCCCGGCCGCCCCCGCGCCUCACACCUGCCCAGCUGGGGAGCCGCGCCUUACUCCCCACAGUGAAUGGGCGACUGGGAGCUUGGCCGCCCCCGGCUCGUACCCGAGCCCCUCCAACUCGGAGCUCCGGGCUCUAGAUUCUCUCUCCCAGCCCCGCCCCGUCCCAUCUCAUUCCGUCUCCUCCCAUCCCGGUGGUAACUUCAGACUCCCGAAUAGUAGUGCUGCAUUUAGGGAGAAGAGGAGCUGGUGGCUAUGGCUCGCCCUAGCCCUCGAGGGACCCCAUUCUUCCCCCUGCUCUGCUGCCUCCUGGGGCUGCUGACGCUGUGCCCUGGAGGGCAGCCCCAGACCGUGCUAACCGACGAUGAGAUCGAGGAGUUUUUGCAAGGCUUCCUUCAGGAGCUGGACCCCCAGCGGAAGGAGGAGGGAGAGGGAGAGGGGAAGGAAGUGGAGCAGGGGCUCCCUGAAACCACCCUGAGUCCCAAGAAAGGGAAAACGGGAGGUAAGAAGCCUGUAGACACCAGAGUGGAAGGAAAAGAAGUGCCUCCUGAAAAGGCUAAAGACAAAGGAAAGAAAGGGAAGAAAGAUAAAGGCCCCAAGCCUACAAAGAGACCUUUGGAGAACUCCUCAAAGCCCACCAAGAAGGGGAAGGAGAAGCCCCCAAAGGCAACUAAAAAGCCCAAGGAGAAACGACCUAAGGCAACUAAGAAACCCAAGGAGAAACGACCCAAGACCACCAAGAAGCCCCCCACUGGGAAAAGUCGUCCCACCCAGUUCUCUCUGGAGGACUUGGAGAGGCCUGUAGCCCCGCCUCCGGUCUUGGAGAUCCGCCCAGAUGAGGAAACAGAAAGAGGUGGGGCCAUCAUUCCACCCUGGGAGGAUCAAGAGGGAGUGCAUACAGAUCUGGAAAGGAGGGAGUUCCAGCCAGAAGAGGAGGAGACAGAGCCACCUACGUUGGAUUAUAAUGACCAGAUUGAGAGGGAGGACUAUGAGGACUUUGAGUACAUUCGAAGGCAAAGGAAGCCCAGGCCCCCUCCAAGCAGGAAGAAGACCGAGAGACCUCGCCCAGAGCCCCCUGAAGAGGAGCUGAAACCAGAGCCUCCAGAGGAGAGACCAGACAGCCUUAUGCCCCCACCACCCCUACAAAUCCCCGACUAUGGAGAUGGCUACGUGAUUCCAGAUUAUGAUGACAUGGAUUAUUAUUUACGGCCACCCAGGCCCCGGAAGCCAGACAGCGAGUUGGAGACGGAUGAGGAAAAAGAGCGACUGAAAAAACCUAAGAAAGAGGGUGGUAGCGACAAGGAAGAAGAGCCGGAUGAGUGGACUGAGGAGAAGGGCAAAGACCGGAAAGGGAAGCCCAAGAAACCCUGGGAAACAGAAGAGGAAUGGAGUCCAGUGGAAAAAGAGAAGUGCCCACCAAUUGGGAUGGAGUCACACCGAAUUGAAGACAACCAGAUCCGGGCCUCUUCCAUGCUAAGACAUGGCCUCGGUGCCCAGCGUGGGAGGCUAAAUAUACAGGCAGGCUCCAAUGAGGAUGACUACUAUGAUGGAGCCUGGUGUGCUGAAGAUGACACCCAAGUCCAGUGGCUGGAAGUGGACACAAGAAGAAACACCAAGUUCACCGGUGUCAUCACCCAGGGUCGUGACUCUACCAUCCACGAUGAUUUUGUCACCACCUUCUUUGUGGGUUUCAGCAAUGACAGCCAGAACUGGGUGAUGUACACCAAUGGCUAUGAGGAGAUGACCUUUUAUGGGAAUGUGGACAAGGACACGCCAGUGCUGAGUGAAUUCCCGGAGCCUGUUGUGGCUCGUUUCAUCCGCAUCUACCCACUCACUUGGAAUGGCAGCCUCUGUAUGAGGCUGGAGGUGCUGGGCUGUCCUCUGACUGCCAUCCACAGCUACUACACACAUAACGAGGUCACGACCACUGACAACCUGGAUUUCCGCCACCACAACUACAAGGACAUGAGGCAGUUAAUGAAGGUGGUGAAUGAGGAAUGCCCCACCAUCACCCGCACCUACAGCCUGGGCAAGAGCUCCAAGGGACUGAAGAUCUAUGCCAUGGAGAUAUCUGACAAUCCCGGGGAACAUGAGCUGGGGGAGCCUGAGUUUCGCUAUACAGCCGGUAUCCAUGGCAACGAGGUCCUGGGCCGGGAGUUACUGCUAUUGUUGAUGCAGUACAUGUGCCGGGAAUACCGAGACGGAAACCCCCGGGUCCGAAGCCUUGUGCAUGACACUAGGAUCCACCUGGUGCCCUCGCUCAACCCUGACGGCUAUGAGAUUGCUGCCCAGAUGGGCUCUGAGUUCGGAAACUGGGCAUUGGGACUGUGGACUGAGGAGGGCUUCGAUAUCUCUGAGAACUUCCCGGAUAUCAACACAGUGCUAUGGGGUGCUGAGGAGAGGAAGUGGGUCCCUCACCGAGUGCCCAACAACAACUUGCCCAUCCCAGACCGCUACCUUAAUGCCGAUGCCACGAUAGCUGUAGAAGUCCGUGCCAUCAUUGCCUGGAUGGAGAAAAAUCCCUUUGUCUUGGGUGCGAACCUGAAUGGGGGUGAACGGCUCGUGUCCUAUCCCUAUGAUAUGACUCGGGCCCCCAGCCAGGAACAGCUCAGGGCAGCAGCAAUGGCAGCCGCCCGUGGAGAGGAGGAGGAUGAAACAGAUGAGAUUCAGGAGACGCCGGACCAUGCCAUCUUCCGAUGGCUUGCCAUUGCCUAUUCCUCAGCCCACCUCACCAUGACCGAAACCUACCGUGGGGGCUGCCAAGCACAGGACUACACAAAUGGCAUGGGCAUCGUCAAUGGUGCCAAGUGGAAUCCAAGGGCAGGAAGUAUGAAUGACUUUAGUUACUUACACACCAAUUGUCUGGAGCUCGCUAUCUACUUGGGAUGUGAUAAAUUCCCUCAUCAGAGUGAACUUCCUCGAGAAUGGGAGAAUAACAAGGAAGCACUGCUCACCUUCAUGGAGCAGGUGCACCGAGGAAUUAAAGGGGUUGUGACAGAUGAACAAGGUAUCCCCAUUGCCAAUGCCACCAUCUCUGUGAGCGGCAUUAACCAUGGUGUCAAAACAGCUGCUGGAGGUGAUUACUGGCGCAUCCUGAACCCGGGUGAAUACCGUGUGACGGCCCGAGCAGAAGGCUACACUCCCAGUGCCAAGACCUGCAAUGUGGACUAUGACAUUGGCGCCACCCAGUGCAACUUCAUUCUGGCUCGUUCCAAUUGGAAGCGCAUCAGGGAGAUCUUAGCCAUGAAUGGGAACAGGCCCAUUCCCCACAUCGAUCCUAAUCGACCCAUGACGCCCCGAGAGCGCUUCAUGCAGCGCCGUCGCAUGAUGUACCGCAUCAAGAUGCGUGAGCAGAUGCGCCUCCGCCGUCUUAAUGCCACAACCAGUCCCACCCCCAUCCCCACCACCAGCUUGUCAUCUGCCUAUCCCAUCUCCCAGAGCACCACCCUGGAGCCCUGGAGCCUCCAACCUCCCACUGCCCCCACCUGGGCGACAGAGACAGAGACUGAAACGUACACAGAGGUUGUGACUGAACUGGCCACAGAGUUAGAACCAGAGUUGGAGCCAGAGGAAGAAGAACUGGCCACAGGCACAGCCUUCCCCUUCACCACAGCAGAGACCUACACUGUGAACUUUGGGGACUUCUGAGGGCCUGGCUUCUAACACUGCCCCUACCCACCGCAGCACACCCACUGACCCAGAGCUGGCUGCCCAGCCAGCUCAGCAGCCUCCAGAGAGCAGAAGGCAGAGCCCCUGUCUGGGCCCUGCUAGGAGUCACCUGUUUUUCUCCUAGUAGCCUUUCCCCAGGGUGCUGGCUCUCCCCACUUUUAGGCUGGAAAGAAUGUGACACAUCUACCAAGUGCCAGAGAUGAUGGGCAAGGGGGCCAUAAGUUUGCCCGUUCCCCGGCAGUAAUCUAGCCUCCAGCCCAGUCUCAGCUGUGGAAUAUGGACUCCCGUUGUCUAGCAGGGGUGGGGAGAGAUGGGAUCAGAGCAAGCAGAGGCAGUAGAAUGGAGUUACCUCCCCGUCCCCCAUUACCAUCCUGCUAUUCCAAUAAAAUAAGCUCUGAUGGCA